AUUAUUAUUAUUUUCCACAUUAUUUAGUCUAUUAUUAUACAACACAAAGUUUCACUUUUUAAUUGAUGAUCUAUCAGCAUUUUAAUGUUAUCAGAAAUUGUUUGCAAUCAGUUUAAUUCUAAUCCAACCAGCGGCACCCGAUCUGAUCUCUUGAUCUAGAAAAUCGGAUCUAAAAAAAUUCACUAAAACAUGGAUAUAGGAGAUCUCUUUGUUCCUUAAUGAAGCUGAUAUUGUUCGUUGUGUACAAUGGAGGAAAAUGUUAGUGUUUCAAGGCAUGUGAAGCCUGAGCCAGCACACAGAGGAGAUUUGUCAGCCCGCACAAAAUCUAUCAGUGACAAUCCUUUUACACCGCAGUAUACCCUGCCCCCAGGAACAGAUCAUAUGCAGCCGAUGCAAAUUCCCAGCCACUCUGAGCCCCCUGUUGCUCACUCCAAAUAUGAUCAGUCGUCCGCCAAAGAUUCAGACCUUCCUGAUGAAGAUCCCAUUGAUUCUGAGAGUAUUAAGGGAAUAUUUGGCUGGGAAACAGUGGAUGAUACGAGUAUUCCUUAUAUCUUAAGGAAAAAGAAAAAAUUUGUUUCUGUUAGAAUUGUUGAACGAAAAUUGCUGAGCAAAUAUCCCAAUACUUUCCCUGAUGAGUUGGGUAAAAAGGAUCCUUUAGUAAGCUAUUUUAUAACUGAUGCAGAAGCAAAGCUUUUAAAUGAAAUCAAUACAGCACAUUGUGAUUAUGAAUAUGGACACAAUCCAUUUACAGUAAAAGAUUUAAUUGUUGACCUGGAAGAAUUUGAAGAGUUUUUUAAAAUUGUUAAGAAAACUUUUCCCGCAGAUGUUUUAGCUAAAAUAGGUGGUGAAGUCACAACAUCGCACAGAACAUCUCCAACCAAACCUGAACUCUCUCAAUACUGUGGCUGGAUGCAGAUUAACAAUACAGUAUCGCCAUAUAUACUCAGAACAGAGGGCUCAAAACAGGUGAAGCUUGUCCCACUGUCAGUGAUUGUAUAUGCUGCAGGGCUGCUCACUAACACCAGCGUGGAUGGAUUGCUUCCAACCCCACAGGAAUGUGCAUUAUUGAAUGAAGCAUGUAAGGCAGCUGGCUUUGAGUUUACAUUUGGCAAAAACACGAGACUCAUAUCUAUAACAGAGGUGCUACAAAGGUGUCAGGUCCAGCUCUUCGACCUUCCUUUUAAAAAUCCAUUUCAGCAUGCACGCUACUUAGAUCCUCGAACUGGCCUGCCUUCUUCCAGCCCUCUACUGCCACCCGUGUCUCACCCUGUCACCAUGCCAUCAAUGGUACACCACCAGAGCACUGUAGCGCGGCCCUCCUCCCGUGGUCAGCAACAAACCAAUCUUGAACUGAUGGCUGCCAGUGGACACCCAGAGUUGAACCCAUUUCUAUCAAUCUUUCAACGUCAAGGUUUUCCUGCCUCUCAGUUGUCUAGCACUCUGCAUGACUAUCAUGGAAACACCAACUCCUCAAUGCUGCGACCCUCUCCAGGCUUGAGUAUGGAGCCCCCACGUUUGUCAUCUCAGCGGCCUCACUCUGCUUCGGAGAAAAACAUUGACACCAGUGGCUCAGCUGCUUCGGCGAUGCCUGGAUCUCUCUGGGCUAUAAUGCCUCGGGGACCACCUCCUGCUCAUGCUAAUAAUGUGACCAACACAUCACUUAUGUCAAAAACUCCCCCAAUACAACCUGAAACACCAAUAUCUUCAGCGUACCAAGUUCCCUCUCAUCCCCAGCUACACCAGGCGAAACAUUCGUCAUCUAUACCUGAUAUUAAUCACCCCAUAUUCAGAGGCUCGCACAACAUGUCCUCAAGGGCAGGUCAGAUGAUGGCCAAAGACAACUCCGGACACAUGGUCAGGUACCCUCCACCAGUCACAGGCUUACCUCCAUCCCCACAGCAGUAUUCACCAAAUUCACCAUUUCAGUUUGGGGUGAACCAGUUUGAAAGUUCGCUGUUUGCUAGAACAGAUGCUCACGAACAGAGAUUAGUCCGCGAUGCCCUGGGAGUUAGCCAGCCUACAAGAAGACUCAGCAGUGAAUCCCCACAGAACAACACAUCUCAUUACUCUUCCCUGUCUCAUCAAAACAAUAACAUCCCCAGAUCUAACAUGGAUCAGUCUUUUCAGCUAGGAACCGGGAGCUUGUCUUGUGCCAGCAAUAACAACCACCACAAGGCAGAUCUGUCACAGAUGAUUUCAGCUUGUUUGGUCAACGGCAAGAGCAUAUCAUGUUUAACAGUCAACACGCCAUCUCGAGCUGGGAACUUUUGUCUUGUGGAAGCCGUCUCCAAGCUGUAUUUCCCCACGGUUCCUCUGUCAGAGUUUGUUAAAGUUUUACAGUAUGUUCUGAAAGUCAACCUCUAUGAAUGCACAGCAGAGGAAGAGAAAGCAUUUGUUCAGUACUAUAAUCUUCCUGUUAGCAAGCUCAAGUGCAACAAAAUAAUUAAAGUCCAUGACUUAGAAAACUAUUUCCCUCAGUUGAACUACAUGUUCACUAAAAGUUCAGCUGACCAGCCCCAGCUCUCAGGCAAACCAGCAACUCACCCGUCAAUGAAGAGACGGUCCAGCUCUCCCAUGGCUGGAGUUUAUAAAAGAAGCAACAACUCACCUUUGCCAGGCCCAUCAGCCAAAAUGCUGCAGCCGAAACAUGACAAUCUAAGUCAUUCUUCAACGUCUAAUGGAGACUCUAAUUCUCAAACCUCCAUACAGAUACUUUGAGUAAAUUAUCUGACUAGACAAGUUAGUGGAUAAAAGUACCAGUUCUAGGCAUCGUGAUGACGCCCCUGUUAUAGUCCUGGAUGAUUAACUUGACAGCAUAAAAAGAACUUCAAAACACGUUUUUAUUGUACAAAGUAAAUUUUGAAUUCAAAGAAGAAAAAACUCCACAGCAAGGCUUCCAGCUCUAACAAGUUUGGUGCAACAAUUGCUGUAGAGUAUUGUAACUAUUUUAAAUUUAAGCUGAAGCAGAUUUACAUACAAGUCUAAAGAAGUUUGUUAAUGUUUUAUCAUCUGCCAUUUAACAAACUUUAUUUACAUAAAUAAAGUAUUUAACAAUCUUUUCAGUGUUUAAUCAUUUAAGUAAAGCUAAAGAAAGAUGUUGAUAUUGUAGAUACAUAAAAUGCAUACGUUAUAAAUUUUACUAUUGUCCUCUUAAUUUUAAAAUGCACAAUGACAUGAGAUUGUUUUUCUUUCCAUUUCCUGUUAUCUAUGACACCAAACCGAAGCUUAAGCCCUGUGCUUCAUCACAGUUUGCCAAACAGAAAACAAACCCAAUCACUCGAACCAUUUUUCUCAGAAAGAUUAUUUUUGUACAUUUAAUGACAUGUUAAACGUUAAGAACAAUGUUAUCCUCUAUAAUAUUAUCAAAAGUAUAAACCUGAACUCAUUCUUUAUCUGAAGUGGGGUGUUACUUCAAGUAAUCGGCAUUGUUUUUUUU